GUUUUAUAAUAAUGUAUACAAAUUUUAUUUAUAUAUUUUAUAAGGCGGUGAACGAGAGGUUCACCCCUCCAAGUAUUGUUAGGUUCACCCCUCCAAGUAUUGUUGCCAAGUAUUGUUCCUCCUUCUGCCGAUAUUCGUUCGUGAGAAUCAACCAUAUAUAGAAAUGAAUCUGCUUUUUUUUUUGUUUUAAAUUUUAAUAUAUUUUCUCUGUGCAAAGGGAAAUGAAUCUGAUUAUGAUUUUUUUUUUCUUUUUUAAGUUGUCAACUAUUUUCAAUAUCCACUACACGAAACUUGCCGUUUAAGUAUUAUUAAUUAUAUAAUUUAUAACCACACAAGUAAAAAUAAAAUAAAAAUUCCCUGAGCAGAGAAACACUUCCGAAUUAGCCAUUAUAUUGUAAAUAUUAAAGUUGAGCAAUUUAUUAUAGUCUUUUUUUUAUAUAGUCUAGAUAGAGAUAAUAUCUAUGUACUAUAAAGAAGUUUUAUUGGUUUUGUAAUUUAAAUGGUUUUUUUAAUAAUUAUAAAUGUCAUGUAGAAUCUGAUGCUAAUCAAUCCAAUAAUAUCAUUUAAGAAACAAAUUACUAAUUCGUAAAUACAUUGACAUAACAAGUAAGAAAUAUUUCAUUUGUAAAUUUUUUAUUCAUUUCACUUCAAAUUCUUAACUAUAAGUAAUCCCCCUUUGUAGUCACAUCUCAUCAUCAUCACUACUGUUUCUUUGCAAUCUUUAAGUUUUCUUCUUUACUAUUAUCGAAAUAAAGAUAAAGGUUUUGAAAUCUAAUCAAAAGUGAAGAUGAAACUCAUAGUGAUACAAUUCUUCAUAAUCUCUCUUCUCUUCACGUCUUCAUUUUUCGCACUUUCAAGCGCUGAUUCGUCAUGCGGUGAAAAGUGCAAUGUGAGAUGCUCAAAGAAUGACAGAAAACAUGAAGAGUGCAUCAAGGACUGCAAUAUAUGUUGCGGGAAGUGUAACUGUGUUCCAUCGGGCACUUAUGGAAACAAAGAUGAAUGUCCUUGCUACCGUGAUAUAAAAAACUCCAAAGGAGGACCCAAGUGUCCUUGAACAUAUAUGCUUUGAAAGUCCUCAUCGCAUGCCUAAUAAUAUCUACAUAUUUUUAUGUAUGGAAAAUGUAAUCUCAUGUACGUUUAAUGUAUGAUGAAAUAAAAUCUGUGCUUUACUAAUGAAAUUUUUUGUUAUC